GACAAGCAGCAAAGAAAAUCAACACCCUGAUCUUUCCAUUCAAAAUAUUGGUUGUGAAUUUCAUCAGAAAAUGUUUGCUUUUUCAAUCCUUCUGGAAAUUGUUCAUUUCCAAGUGCUGGUCGAAAUGCAGGAGAUAUAUGAUUUACCAAAGCCGGUUGUGUCUCUGAAUCCAAAGUAUGAGGUGUUUUUAGAAGGAGAGACAGCAUCGGUGAAGUGUACCUGUCAAUGUCCAGUCACAAGGAUACACUCUUGUUACAGUGAUGAUCCCAGCUGCAGGUUCAUAGAUCUUUCUGAAGGACAAUGUGAAACAUCUUCACAAUUAAAACCCUCAAAGAGAGGUGAAUCAAGGUACACAUGUGAAUGUUUAUUCAUGUCGGUGAAUGGGACAUGGAGAAAAUCACCGUUGACUGACCCCAUUCUGAUACACGUCAAAGAUCAACUCUCCAAACCAAUUAUCAAAGUGCUGGCAAAUUCCGCUGUGAAUUCAAACACGGACAAUGUCAUGAUUUCCUGCAAGGGUGAGAUUCGGUCCAAAGGAGGAAUAUUCUACUUAUACAACAGCCAACAGGAAAAUUUUAUUCAGCAUCGUCAUGUGCCUGGUCUCGAAGAUGCCUCCACCUUUACCAUUAGUGCCCAUGAAUAUUCUUCUACAGGAAACUACAGUUGUCGAUAUCAAACAGAGGUUAAUGGGUGUCCCAUCCUUUCCCCGUUCAGCCAACCUGUUUCAGUCACAGAGAAAAGAGAGAUGGAACCCCCAUCAAAAGGCGCCAAGCCAGGAAUGUACACCGGACUGGGAUGUGCUGCUAUGAUCAUUAUUUUACUUGGGGUGCUGUGCCUCAUAAUUAUCAAGAAAGGUCGAAAUAAACAUCGAAAUGUUCAGAGGACUGCAUCGCGAACAGUUCAAAAUAGACACAGUAAAAACAAUGAUGGCAUCUGUGGCAACGCCAAUUUGAUCCAUUACAACCCCGCGGGCGAGUAUUCCGAUGUGGAUGACAAGAAAUGUGAAGGAGUUACUUAUGCAGUCUUGAACAUGGAUAAAAGUGAAUCUGCCUCAGUCGUCAGGGAAGAGCCCUGCGUGUACAUGGGCGUGAAAACAUAACAACCUUUGUACUCCCGCCUCCACGGUUGCAUUCUGCUUCUGUCAUGUUGCUUGCUGAAACUCAUCUGGUGAAUGAAUUCAGCCCACACCCCACUUUCCACCUACUGAUACAGCGGUAAUCCACACCUGGUUCCCUGAAUACUCAAAGUCGCUUUGGAGCAUUGCCAGAACUUGAAAUGCAGCAAGAUUUCCCCCGGAAGCCUCAUUCUGCACUCAGAAGGUUGGUCAGGCCGGAAUAUGAGAGAGAGUGAGUUCAGCAAGAUUUUCCUUGGUUUGGAAAGGUUUCCAUCUCAGUUAGAAAAGUAUAUGCCAACGGGGUCCAAUGCUGCAAAGAUUUAUGUACACCAGAGAAUACGCAUGGCAAAAAGCUUCCAGAAAAGUGAAAGCAUUUAGAUACACAAGAAAUAUAGAGGAAAAUAAUACACUGAUAAAUUCCUAAACAAAUGUUUAAAAUAAAAACAAAUAGGAGAUGUUAAGAAUAUCAAAUGAACAGGAAUAGGCCAUUCAGGCCCUUCAGCCAGUCCUGCCAGUAAUCUGUUACCCAACUCCGUAGAGCUACCUUUGGUCCCUAACUCUUUAAUACAUCUGCUUAACAGAAACGUAUCGAUAAUUUAAAUAAAAUAAAUCAAUCAGUAUCAAAA